AAUAUUUAUGUUCCAGUGAGUGAACAUAACAGUAAAGCCCCACGUGGCUGGUUAUAAUUUGUUUUUAUCAGUUUUAUUAGAUUUAUAUUAUUUAUGAAUUAAUGUUAUCGUUAUGGAGCAAGAAGAAGAAGAAUUGGGCCCAUCUGAACUAGGAACUAGAGAAUAUUGGUGUUCGAUUUAUGAAAGGGAUAGGAAAAAUUAUAUCAACCAUGGUGAUGUUGGUGAGAUAUGGUUUGGCGAAGAGAGUGAAAUGAGAGUUUUAAGCUGGAUGACAAGAAACGAUUUACCGAAUGACAGCAAGAUAAUAGAUUUGGGCUGCGGCAACGGCAUGAUGUUAAUUGAGUUGGCGAGGGAGGGUUACAACAACCUGACGGGAGUCGAUUACUGCGAAGAUGCUAUUGAACUGUGCAAAAGUAUCAUCGAGUCCCAAUCAAUGAUGAUUUCGCUCAAGGUUGCCGACCUGACAGGAGAAGUGAGUAAUCUGUAUGGUUUCGACAUCGCCCUGGACAAGGGUACGUACGACGCCAUCAGCCUCAACCCGGAAGAUACGCAGUACAAGAGGCAAAAAUAUAUUCAAAAUGUUGCAACGAUUUUGAGAAAAAAUGGAUUGCUUAUUAUCACAUCCUGUAAUUGGACAGCCGCUGAAAUCAUUAAACAUUUCAAUGCAGAGUUCAAACACAAGCAUACUAUUCCAACUCCAUCAUUCAAGUUCGGCGGAAAAGUCGGCAACGUCGUGUCAACUGUUGUUUUAGAAAAGCUAAAAUGAAUUUCAAUAAGUUAAUAAAUUGUACAAACAUGCUGUAUAUUUUUACAAAAUAAACUCUUUUAAAGAAAAAAA